AUUGCACUCACCUGUCUUCCCGACAUCGUGAUUUUUCGGCAUUAACGAAUCCUGCGUAGGUAGUAAAAAUGUAGAAAUUGUAGUUUCUUUUGCCUUCGGUGACCAGAUUUGCAGUAAAGUUUCUAUUUAGUUACAAAUUUACAUUUAGAUAAAGACAGAUAAUAAUGGCAGAAAAUGUUCAGAGAAACCUAGAAAAUAUGAGACCUAUUCUUGAACACAUGGAAAAGUUACAAUUGUUUACAGGCACGGAAAUUAAGGAGAUAACUAAAAAAUGGAAAGAUUAUGAAUACAAAUUACAAAGACAUAUUAAAACAAAGACAGAUUAUCUUCAGUACAUUCAGUAUCAGUUGCACUUAAUGAAACUCAUCAAGCAUCGAAGACAGAAACAUGGAAUUACCAAACAAAAGUCUAAUAUUGACUUUGCUAUAGGCAAGAAAAUUCAUCAUCUUUACAAAAAUAUUAUUUAUAAAUAUCAAAAUGAUACUCGAAUUUGGCUUGCUUACACUUCAUUCUGUAAAAAAGUGGGUUUCAAAAAAGCAGUAAAAAAAGUGUUUGGAAAAAUGCUAUCAGUGCAACAUACCAAAGCAAAAAUUUGGCAUAUAGCAGCUCGUUGGGAAAUAGAAGAAGAAAAUGAUCUUGAGACUGCUAAACUUCUUUUGUACAGAGCUUUGCUCUAUCAUCCAGAUUCUCAAUUAAUUUACAUCGAUUUAUUAAGAUUGGAAUUGGAUGAAUCAUUAGUGAUAGAUAAAAAAUUAAAUUUAGAAGAAGAGUAUGAAAAUAUUAAUAACCCCAAUUACUUAGAGAUGCCAACUAAAUUGAAAUCAGUUUUUGAACUUUACAAGCAAGCUACAAAAAAAAUUAAAGAUUUGAAGUUUCUCAUCAAUUUUUUAGAAAUAAUAAAGAAGUAUAAAGGUACCGAAAUGUUGCAAAGUGUAGUCCUCAGUGAUAUGAUGAAAGAUUAUCCGCAUGAACCUUUGAUGUGGGAUACUUUAGCUAAAAGAGAAUAUGAAGGCUUACUGAAUCCAUCGUUAAGUACUGACUCAAAAACGCCUUCAACAGUAAAGGAUUUGAAGCAACUCGCUUUGCGUAAACGAAUAGAAAAUUGUUAUGAAGUUUAUAAAGUUGCUUUAAAGAAACUCAAGUCUCAAGAAAUGUGGUCACUUUUUAUUGAUUGCAUAAUUAAGAUUAAUCAGGAACACUUGAAUACACUACCGAUAUUAAAACGUAAAUUUUUAAGAAAUGCUUUAAUUCAAGGCCAUCAGGAAAGAAAACUGCAAGAAAAACAUUAUUUAGAUUGGAUUGAAAUGUUAAAUACUUCCGAUCGUCCUAACUCUAGUGAAAAUAUCAAUAACAAAUUAUAUGAAGUUCUAUGUUGGGGUAUUGAAGCUUUCCCAAAAAGUGAAAAUCUAUGGGCUGCUACCUUGCAAUACCUUUACACGAAUAACCAAGACCACUUGGCACUUGAAAUCUUUGAUAAGGCAGUGAAAAGCUUAGAAGACAAUUCUCUUCCACUAUGGAAAUUAAGACUACGACAUCUACAAUCUAAGUAUCCAAACGACCUUGAAAGAUUUUUUGAAGAAGCACUGAAAACAAACAUUCAGAGUGUUAAUAGUUUUAUUAGACCAGCAUAUUUUGAAUGGCUUGUUUUAUUUAAAGGCAUUGAUGCUGCACGAAAAGCUUAUGAUGUGUUGAGUUUACUGUUACCUCCAUGUUUAGAGCUGCNGAAAAAUCAUAACGAAGAUAAUGAUGAUCGAAGCCCACAACAGACGCUCUUUGUAUCUGGUGCCCUAAUUGUACAACUGUUGAGUCAGUCUGAUCCCAGAUAUUUUUGGAAUAAUCCUUCGCCUCAAAGUUAUCGAUUUUUUAGACCUCUAAGAUUGUCACAUGAAAAGGAGAGCGACGAUGUUUGUCUUCGGGAAUGCAACCGCUUAAGUACAGAAAUAUAUCGUGUUCAGCUGUUCAACUUUACCAUGCGCAAUGGAAAUGAAGUCAACAUAAAAUUUUCAGUUGCAAAAACUCUUUUUGACGGUAAAAGUUUGAAUGCUAUUUUGGGCAACAGAGCAACUCAAAGGUGUCCUGUAUGUUUGGUAACAGCCCACAAUUUUAACAACCAAAGUUUAACCUUCAGUCCUAUCAAAGGCUCGUUAUGUCAUGGCUUGGGUCUUUUACACUGCAAGAUAAAAACCUUCGACCAUCUUCUACAUAUCGGUUACAAAAAUAAGGAAAAAAGAUGGGAUGUAACCAAAGAUAUAAAAGAAUCAGUUGAUUCGCACACGAAGCAUAUACAAAACAAAAUAUAUGAAUCGUUUAAAGUUAGACCUGAUCAAGUUAUUCAGGGAAAAGGAACCUCAAACACUGGUAAUCUUGCUCGUAAGUGUCUGGAGGAACCUAAAAAGUUUGCGAGGGCCUUAGAGAUUGAUGAAAAUCUAGUUUUGAAUCUUACAACUAUUUUGAAAGCUUAUAGAUCUGGAUUACAACUUCAAUUAAACAAGCUUGAAGAGUUUAGUGAAAAAACGUAUAGGCUUCAUUAUCAAAAGUACCCAUGGGUACGAAUGAAUCCUUCAUUGCAUAAGCUUUUAAAGCAUGGUCCUGCUAUAGUACGAAAACUCCCCUUGCCUAUCGCUUACUAUGCUGAAGAUUCUCUCGAAAGCAUGCACAAAAUCCAUAGAGAAACUGUCAGAGAGCAUUCCAGAAGAAACAGUCGCGAAAACACUUUACUUGAUACUUUUAAUAGAGCGGUUUAUCUGUCAGAUCCAGUACUUACUAUGAUUUAUUUAGAUAGGAGAAUGGUGAUGUACAAACAAAGAGGAGUGGCUCCAGAAAUAAAAUGCUUUUUACAGCCGGGAGAGUUGCCAGAAACUGGAACCUAUAGCAGUGAUGAAGAAUAG